CAUGUCAGCUUCACCUCCCACUACGAGCAGCGUGACCUGAAAGUAUCUGGGCCAAAUUCCAGCACAGCAGUACAUUUAAGAGAAACGUUAUUCAGGAAAAGAAGUCUAAACAUGGGAGAGAGAAAAGGAGGAAGUGAGGAGCCGCCUGACACUAGCAUCAAUGAUUUUGACGACAUUCUUGUGCUUAUUGGAGAAUUUGGGACAUACCAAAAGUUAUUGUUUGUGUUUCUUACGAUAGCUUCUAUGUUACAAAGCAUGGGGUAUGCCGCUGUAGUCUUUAUAGAACUCACCCCCAGUUUCAGAUGCAAGUUACCGAGUCUUCCAAAUGACACAUUCAAAAGUGAGGGGGAAUGGCACAAACAUAUUGUCGACGUUUCGUUAAUGAAUGUGACUGAUGGGAAAUGCACCGUUCCUCAAAAUACCAGUCCCUUUGGGGAUGCCUUUCAAAACGAGACGAAACCGGAGAAAUGUACAGAAUGGGUGUUUGAUACCACCGAUGUUACAUAUUCCUAUCCUAUGCAGUUCAGUCUAGUUUGUGACCAUUCCUCAAAAUUGACCAAUUCCUAUAUUACAAACGUGCUAGGAACUUUGGUAGGUGGACCGUUGUAUGGCGUAAUAGCCGACGUAGCUGGCCGAAAGGUGGCACUACUGCUAGGGCUGUUCCUGAGUGGUGUGUCGGGAAUAGCCUGGGCGUUUUCUCCAACGUAUGACUGGAGCGUCGCCUUCAGGUUCCUGUAUGGAUUAGGGAUUAGCGCACUGUACGGGUUGUCCAGCACAUUAGCAUUAGAGAUGGUGGGGCCAAACAGACGCAUGGGGGUGGGGACAGGAUUGGCAUUUGCGUAUUCGGCGGGUGCGACAGCUACUGUGGGAAUAGCCUACUUCCUACGAGACUGGCGCCAUCUACAGUUGGCAAUGUCUGCGCCAUGUUUACUGUCGGCAGUAAUAAUGUUUUGGUGCCUUCCGGAAUCUCCGAGGUGGCUGCUCACCAGGGGUCGCCAUAAAUUAGCACAUAAAAUUCUAAAACGUACCGCUAGGAUAAACGGGACUCUCCUCCCUGAGGACCUUAUAGGGAAGGUUGAAAUAAACGAGCCCCCGACCGCCAGUGCUCGAGCCUUGCUUCGUGCACCCAAACUGAUGUUAAAAAUGCUCCUGCUUUAUGUGAAUUGGUUUGUUGCAGAUAUGACAUAUUUUGGGUUAAAUCUUCACGCCGGGAACAUGGCCGGGGACAUCUACUUCAACUUUCUACUCUUAACUCUCAUAGAGUACCCAGCAAACGCAGUCUGUUUCACCAUCGACAGAUUCGGAAGGAAGAAGCCCUUUAUUCUGUUCAUUAUUGCAGGUGCUCUAGCUUGUCUUGCGCCUCUCUUGGUGCAAGAGUAUGCAGAUAAAGAUUUAGAAUCUACUCACUAUAUUAAGAUCGCACUUUUUGCGAUCGGAAAAUUUGGUAUGACAGCAGCGUAUAAUGUCUUAUAUAUCUGGAGUAUAGAAGUAUUUCCCACCGUCACUCGUAACUUCAGUAUGGGACUGGGAUCCGUGUCUGCAGCCCUCGGGAAUAUGCUCUGUCCUGUUAUUGUGAGAGAUAUCAAAGUGGAAGCCAUUGGAAAGGAUACUCUACCGCUUGUGAUAUUCGGCGCGGCGGCCAUAUUUGGAUCGGUGUGUACAAUUCCUCUUCCGGAAACUGCAAAAAGAGACCUCCCCGAGACGAUAGAAGACGCGAACACUUUUAAACACCGCCGUCCACUCACAGAUCGUAAGGAUGAUCACGCACACCCAGACAAAGUGGUCAUAGCCGUCAUUAGCGAGACAACACGAUUGUGAACAGCGCAUGCGUGAAAAGGAGUGCAUAAUAAGUGGAUGCAAUACACCGCCAAAGGGACGUAUUUUAUGUCAACUGAUGGUUUCAUUCGAAACAUUUUAAUUAAAUAUUUCAGCUUGGUUUAUUAAAAGGUUGAUAAACUUUUUUACUGAUGAAUAAAUUUGCCGACGUC